CAGAGCUCGAAACCGACAUAAGGAGAACAACGUUACGAAACACAUUUGCGCAUGCUUGAGUGCCCUCGUGGUUGAGGUCAUGGGGCGGCAGAUCUUGAGAGCUCUGACGUUCCUGGAAGCCGGCGUCAAUCCGUACGUGUACGAUUACAGCAAGCUGAAAUUUACGACGUGGAGAAAAUGCGAGAUUGCCAUAGGGACGGUGAUUUUGCUUCCUAUACGAAUGAUCAGUCUUGUCAUCAUAAUGCUUACUGGAUGGCUGCUGUCUUUCAUUAUUGUAGUCAGACUGAAAUCACGAACUGAUAUCCACUUUGGAUGGCGAGGACUAUUGUGCUGGCUUCUGGUCAAGCUUGCUCGACUGGGACUAAUAUGUUUUGGCUACUGGCAUAUUGAAAGGAAAGGUAAACAAGCAUCGAGAGAAGACGCACCAGUACUUGCAGUUCCUUUGCAUUCGUCGUGGGUUGAUUUUCUCGUAACUGCUGUUGUUGAUGGGAGUGUUGUACCUAUCGGUCUGCAUCGUAAAGAGAACGAGAAGAUACCAUUCUUCCACAACAUGGUGGUAGCAACCCAACAGAUUUAUGUGUCUCGCUCUGAUAGCCAGUCGAGGCAAUUAGCAUUGGACAACAUUAAAGAGCGAGUUGCAAAUCCGUUGUCGCCUCAAGUGCUUGUGUUUGUCGAAGGAUGGUGUACUAAUCGUGCAAGUUUAACUCCAUUCAAAAAAGGUGCUUUUGUGUGUGGUUGUCCGAUUCAGCCGGUUGUCUAUCGAUACUUGAAUGACAUGGACAUUACAUCUUGGGCUUGGAAUGGAUUGCACCCGGUCGAAUCGAUCUACUACCACCUGUGUCGAUUUGUAAAUCAUAUGGAGGUUGAGUUUUAUGAUGUCUAUACGCCUACUGAAGAGGAAAAGAAGGAUCCUGAUCUUUAUGCAAGCAACAUACAGAAGAUGAUGUCUCGAAAACUGGGUCUCCCGACAACAGAAUAUGCUUUGACAGAUCUCAAGUAUAUGAUGGGAGGCCGCUUUUAUUCAGUACCAGUUAGUAAGGGAAUGAUUGAAUUGAGAAAGCGUGAGAAUUGGCUAAGUUUAAAACUGGACGAUGUAAAGGAUGCUGUUAAGGAUUUGCAAGGAAAGACAUGCAAAUACGUUGACCUUCAGGAGUUUUCUCAAUAUGUUAAUUUGCCUGUAUCAUCUGAGCUCAGUGAAAUCUUUGAUUUAUACGACAAGAAUGACGAUGGAAAGAUCGACCUACGAGAAUACCUCAUUAGUGUUGUCAUAAUGUGCCAUCCCUAUAGCACCGACCCAGCAAUGCGAUUUGCUUUUGAGACGUUUGAUGAGGACAACGAUGGCUUGGUUAAUCGUGCUGAGCUCAAGCAUGUUAUGUCUGUAGCUUUCCAUGGUGUAGACGACGCAUGCGUUGACGAAGUAUUUAAUCAAGCGGGAGUGGAUGAAACUGGAGUAUCAUAUGACAAAUUUGCUCAAUUCUGUCGCAACAAGUCUGAUUACCAAUAUUUGUUUCGUCAUUAUGAAAUUGGUAGGAGUGGAAGGAAUGAAAAGAGAACAUUAACGGAACAUGUUAAGGCUGACUAGUAUCUGUGUAAAUGUUUUGAUUUUUUUGUUUACUGUAGAUUUCAAUCAUGUUUGUGUAUUAUAAGAGAUGCAAGUUAUCAUAGAAAUUAUUCUUAUGGGAUCUAAUUAAAUAAUCAAGUUAUCUUUAGACUGUUUUUACAGAAUAUCCAGAACAGUGUAAUUAAUUA